CCCACCGAUCUGUCCACUCAGAGUUAUUCACCAACCAACAUCAUGACUGCAAGACCUGCUGUGCUGGGGCUCCUGAUCAUCUGUGUUGCAGCAGUUGCUGCAGGCAAGGCUGGAUCAAGAAAGGCUAAAUGUCCAGAUCCAGAGAUCUUUUCAUGCACAUUGACUGUGCGCCCUGUGUGUGGAAGCAACGGACAGACUUAUGGCAAUGAGUGUCUCCUCUGCAAGGAGAUGCGUGAAUCCAACCAGAAAAUCUCGAUCGCCAAAAAUGGACACUGCUGACCAGUAUGGUUGAUAAUAUCAACACUAUGAGGCAGCCCAUAAAAGUCCACUGUUGUCUCAUUGUAAUAAAGUCUAAGUUUGAUCAA